UUUGCGCCACUGUUAUCCUGCGUGUUUCAGCUUUCUCCCUCUUCAUUCUUCCCGGUCCACGAAGGUCCCGUACUACAAGUUGAGUUUCCGUCACAUUGCUCUUAUUGGAUCAUUUUGCAGUUGUAAUUCACGGGACAUGGACCGUAAUCCGUCUGGCUCACGCGCAGAAUCCACAGUUUAUCCAUGGGCAGUCGACUAUCAUCCUCGUGAUGAUGGUCGGUCUGCAGUUCGUCCUCGGGACAAGCGCAAAACCCUGCCCUUCAUGCAGCCCGUCCUGCAGCUCAUCCGUAUCAGGAUGUACUGAACGAUGGUACCAAACGUCAGACGAAAGCAAGAUCCAAACGAAAAUCUGUCGCCAGUGAUGAUGAUGAUUCAAAGUACGGCGCGAAAGCUGCGAAGCGAAAACACACGGCAGAAACAUCGGCGAAACCAACGAGCUUCUUCCGGAAAUUAUUACAGCCUGUGGAUCAAGCAUCCGGGAAAACGCAUCCUGCUUCGACGAUUACGAAACCAUCGCGGCCUGCGAAGAAUUCUGUCAAUCGGAACCCAGAUAAUCUGCUUAAUGGAAAGAGUGUGCAAUCGCAUUACGCGCGCGUCUCGCAUCAUGCAUCAAAAAGAUCCACCGUCAGUGUUUUAUCGGAGAGCACGGAAUCUUUGCCAGCGACUUCCAGCGCGAUGCAUGUCGAUACCGAUUCCGGAGACGAAACAGAUACUGAAACGGAGGAAUUGUCCUCACAGGAACCCUCCAUACCGAAUCGUCCAGCGCAGAAAAACGGCACGGUGGGUUUUAAGCUCCCUCGAUUGACCAGUUCACUGGAGAAAGAUGUGUUGGGUGGAAUAUUUUCUCAAUGGGAGCAGGAGGCAGCUGGACAUGUGAAAGAAAAGGAUGCAGUAAAAAAUCCCAGUGAUGGACUCCAGGUUCAUAUGAACGGUAUUCCACCAGUGAAACCAGGAAUUCCCGUGGACAAUAAAGCUGGUGAUGCUGCACCCCGUCCCAAGAAUUCUGUACCCGUUGCGCCGGCAUCCGCGCAACCUGCUGGAAUACUGCGGAAUUCUUCUUCGUCCGCAUUCUUAUGUUUGGAUACAAUUAUGGCUUCUCUACCAGAUAAUGCUGGUGCUUGGAGCAUUAGUUCUUACGACAAAAUGCGGGAGAAGGGAGUUUAUCUGCAAACGCGAGAUUCGCGAGAAAGACCGAAAAUCUGCUGUCGUUGCGGCGAGCGAACAUCUUCCAAGCACCACCGGUGUCCGCAGAUCGUCUGCGGGGUAUGCCACAGUUAUGAUCAUUGGCAACAUGCCUGCCCAUUCCAGACGACGGUAUCAACUCUAACCUGCAAGCGCUGUCAGUCUGUGGGGCAUCUGGACAUUGUCUGCACCGACACUUGGCGCCAGUAUCACACUACGAUUACACCGAAUUGUGGUUUCAUCAUGUCAACAACUAAAAAGAAAACUCUUCACUGCUGUAAUUGCGCGGUUCCUGGACAUUUAUACCAUGAGUGUCGCCGUAAAAGAUACAACAAGUACGCCGUUUCCUCGCCAAAUGUGUUCGUGAAGCGCUACGAUGCUGGGGAAAAUUCUAAGAAACGCCAUCCGCCACGGGAUGUGGAAUCACCUAUGGAGAAGUUUAGCCGCAUGGUUUGUGAUAUGAUGAGUGAGGAGGAUUCGGAACUCAUGAGCGCUACGUAUGAUCACAAAAAGUCUUCCCGAAAACGCAUGCGAGGAGGAAGUUCGCUGUUAUCCAGCCCAAACAAACGCAAACGAAAAGGACAUCGAUAAAGGGGAAAGUUUUCUCUUCUCAGUUUUCGGUGAACUUCGAUUGAAUCGGAUGCAUGUGGAGACUGUAGCCGAAGCGAUGACCGCCGUGCUUUCGCAUUGGAAUUUGUCCCGAUCGGUGAUUUUUGAGCUAGCUCGAUUUAUGACAGAAUUUUUUAGUGCUGGUGUUGCUUGCGACCAAUCGCGAACGUGUUGGAGGUGUGUUUAAUUUUUGUUUUAAUUUUUAUGAGCUUUCGUGCUAUAUAGUCGUGGUAAAGACGACGACGCUUGGUAUUAAGGAAUUUUCUUAAUGGAUUGUCGGAUAUCGGCUGUGCUGUGUUCAGUUUUGCGCUUCCGUUUGCUAACGUUUUCUUUUUGAUUGUAUUUGGAGAUUGG